UUUAUUCAUAUAGCCUGAGUUGUUCCCCAACAAUUGUGGAGGAGAAAUGGCCUGGAGCUUUUUAUACGAGGAUUUUCUGCCAUUCGUAGCCAUGGUUUCAGUGGAAUGCGCUAAUGUGGGUGUGAAUAUUCUAUUCAAAGCAGCCUCUUCGAAAAGGAUGAGCUACCAUGUCUUCAUCGUUUACUCCUACGCAAUUGCAUCUCUUCUUCUCAUCCCUGUACCCUUCUUCUUUCGCAGCAUCCCAGUGCGUUCUUCACUCAAGCUUCCUCUUCUCUCUAGGAUCUGGAUUCUUGCGUUUAUUGGGUUUUUAGCUCAGAUUGUUGGAAAUAAUGCUAUAAAAUACAGUUCUCCAACUUUUGCUUCAGCCAUGAGCAACCUAACACCAGUUUUCACCUUCGCUUUUGCCGUCAUUUUCAGGAGGGAAAAGCUAGUGAUAAGAUGCUCAAGCACGCAAGCUAAGGUGAUUGGAACCUUAACAGCAAUAGGAGGGGCAUUAGUGGUGGAUCUUUACAGAGGCCCAAAAAUUUUAUCCACUCUAUAUCCAUUUCCAAGACAGGCCAUUUCACUUGAUUGGCCUAUGGGCUCACCAAAUUCAGAUUGGCUUAUUGGUGGCCUCUUACUUGCUACACUAUACCUUCUGCAAGCGUUUUGCAACAUUCUUCAGACUCGUAUUAUGAAGAUUUGUUCAAAAGAGCUACUUGUGACCUUCAUUUACACAUUGUCUGUCACCAUCAUAUCUGCACCAGUUUGUUUUGUUGCUGAAAAGAACUUGGAUGCGUUGCGUCUGAGACCUGAUAUAGCAUUAGUUGCUAUUGUAUCCUCGGGAAUAUUUGGGACAUGCUACAAAACCGCAGUUCGCUCAUGGGGGUUACGACAGAAGGGGCCUGUCUAUAUAGCAAUAUUCAAGCCAUUGUCAAUCGCUAUUGCAGCUUUCGUGCGUGUCAUAUUCCUCGGGGAUCCUCUCCACCUUGGAAUAAUCAUUGGAGCUCUAGUAAUAUCAAUGGGGAUUUGUGCUGUUUUAUGGGGAAAAGCAAAUGAAGGAAAAUUAAGUGAGCGUCAUGGCUGUGCUAACUCAGGAGACUCCUCCACUGAAAGCGUCCCUUUCUUGCAGACCUCCGUUGAAGAUGUGUAAAAUAAAGUAUGUAAAUUACUGGUAGACAAUCAAAGAUUUUGCAUUUUUUUAAUAUAUAUAUUGCAAUUUUUUUUUUUUGUUUUUUUAACUGUAAUAUCAUAUUAGCCUUAAACUUUUAGAUUAAGUUUGAUUAGAUUUCUUUUACUAAUUUUUAUUUUUUAAAACUUGCGUGUUACUAAUUUUAUUUGUUUUUUUAACUUGCG